AUGGCUGCUUGCUACACGCCAGCAGGUUUAGCGUUCGGCUCCGGCUGGGGCCCCGCCGACACGCCGUACCACGCCGGCUACGGCGCUGGCUACGGCGCCCACGCCACACACGGCCUCCUGCGGUGCGCGCCAGCCGCGCUCGGUGACUUCAGCUACGCCGGCUACGGCGGCGGCGCGCCGUACCCGUCGUCGUACGCGGCGUACGGGGGCUGCCCGCGCGCCGGCCAGCCAUUCCAGGCCAAGUACAAGCUGGUAAACCACCUGCGCGUGCACACCGGGGAGCGGCCGUUCGCGUGCCCGGCGCCUGGCUGCGGCCGUGUGUUCGCCCGCUCCGAGAACCUCAAGAUCCAUAAACGGACGCACACAGGGGAGAAGCCGUUUGUGUGCGAGUUCGAGGGCUGCCAGCGACGCUUCGCCAACAGCUCCGACCGCAAGAAGCACGCGCACGUGCACACCACCGAUAAGCCGUACCGGUGCAGGGCCCAGGGCUGCCACAAGAGCUACACGCACCCCAGCUCGCUCCGCAAGCACGCCAAAGCGCACUGCAGACCUGCCCCCGGCGUGAACCAGUGGGACAUCGCGGCCGAGUGGAGAGCGGCGUCGUCGCCCCGGUACGGUCAGCCGGCGUACCUCGGCGCGCACACCCUGCACAGCUGGCGGGCGGCCGAGGCGGUGUACUGA